CUCUGUGUACCUGAGGUCCAGGUGGCCUGCUGGGAAGUUAACAGCUGGAGAUUAGAUUUCGUGAGAUCGCGUCAGGAAAGGAGGGAGAAGCAUCCAGGUCUGGGCCCUGGGCCAGGCCAGGAUCCAGGGUCUCAGAAUCACUGCUGUGGGCUCCGACCUACGUUAGGAGGGUCUCCCAGCUCCGGGGCAGGGGCGCCCUCCCCCGCCCGCCCCAAGUCCUUAUCUCACAGCUUCUGCCUUCCCACGGGUCAGGCACAUAAAAGCGCGCGGGGACGCGGCUCUGCAGUGUCACCAUGUCCUCGCUGCACCCACUGCUGCUGGCCCUGGCCCUGGCCCUGGUGGCCCUCCCCGGCGUCCGAGGCUCCUGCCCGGUGCCCGCCGACCUCAAGCGCGCGGACGGGACGCGCACGUGCGCCCAGCUCUACGACAAGAGCGACCCCUACUACGACAACUGCUGCGCGGGCGCCGAGCUGGCGGUGGAGCCCGGCACCGACCUGCCCUUCCUGCCCGCGGACUGGACGAACGUCAUCUCCUCGCUCGUGGUGGCCCCGCGCUGCGAGCUCACCGUGUGGUCCGUCCGCGGCAAGAAAGGCAAGACGCACAAGUUCUCGGCCGGCGCCUACCCGCGCCUGGAAGAGUACCGCAGGGGCAUCUUCGGCGACUGGUCCAACGCCAUCGCCUCCCUGUACUGCAGGUGCUACUGAUACCUUAGAGGCCCCUUGUCUCCGGCCCCUGAGUCAGAGCUCCUCCUCUGGCCUUCCCUGGGGUCCACAGACGGCCUCGAGUCCCAGGAGGAGAGAGCUUUCUGCCUGCGCCCCCUCUCCCCCAUCACCUUCCCUGCAAUACAGCC